AUGCCUGAGCCAGCAAAGUCCGCCCCGAAAAAGGGCUCCAAGAAAGCCGUGACCAAGUCAUCUGGGAAAGGUGGCAAGAAGCGCAAGAGGACCAGGAAGGAGAGCUACGCCAUCUAUAUCUACAAAGUUAUGAAGCAGGUCCACCCCGACACCGGUAUCUCUUCCAAGGCGAUGGGUAUCAUGAACUCCUUCGUGAACGACAUCUUUGAACGCAUCGCUGGAGAGUCUUCCCGUCUGGCUCAUUACAACAAGCGUUCCACCAUCUCUUCCAGGGAGAUCCAGACUGCAGUGCGUCUGCUUCUGCCCGGUGAGCUGGCCAAGCACGCCGUCUCUGAAGGAACCAAGGCUGUCACCAAGUACACCAGCUCCAAGUAAAGUGUUACACUUA